UGUUUUAUGGUAGGUACCUACCGAAUUGGUACCUAUUACAUAUUACAGUCAUUUGUCCAAUGUCAAUAAUAAAUAUUAAUAUUUAAUACAACGUAUCCAUAUAGUGAAUUGUAAUCACAAUUUUCAUUGAAUGCCUUUACAAUUUUAAAUAACACAUAACUGUACAUAUUGUGUUCAUAUUAUGUCUUAAUUUAAAAAUUGUAAUUAUUUAAAGUAUCUUUUAAAGCGCAGAAUAGUGAUUGAUUAACAAUAUAAUGUCCGAAGAAGAGGUAGCAAAAUGGGCAAAAGAUGGACAAAAUAAAGAGCUGUAUAUGUCUCCUAGUUGCUCGAGCUUCGAAAUGUUGGACCCUCAUGAUCCAGUAAUUAGCCGCUUAGCAACACAGCUAUUCAAGAAGACUAAUGAUUACUUACAAGGAGAAAUGGCUGCUGGACAGGAUCACUACAUCCUCUUAGAAGAGAUCAACAGAUUGGCUAUCACUAAAUAUGCCGAUCUUAAGAAUUUGACAGUUAAUUUAGGCAAGACUCUAAAUGAAUAUAAUGAAAUGUAUAAUUCCCAGAUAAAGCCAUUGCUUCUUCAAAUAGACCACAUUGAUGCUCAAGUAUCACAAUUUGAGGCAAAUGCCUACCGUUUGGACAGUUACACAAAGCAACUGAAGGCUCGUUUUAAGGAACUUGAAGAUAAAUAAAUAAAAUUUUAAACAAUUUUUUUUAAAGUUGCUUUAAAUUUAAUUUCCCUAAGAAGAAGUUACUAUAUUAUUUAGUAGCUAAUGUUUUUUAAUAUGUAUGUUUGAAAUAAGCAAAAGAGUUUAUUGUCAAUUGUCAUUUGUGUUGUAAAAUCUUAUAAUAGUAUAAAAAAUUAAUAAACAAAAAAUAUAUGUCAAAUAAAAAAAAUAUACUUUUUUACACCA